AUGCAAAAUGAUGUUAAGCUUAUUUCAGCCUAUGAAACUGCAUUCACAACAGCAUUUAAUGAAAUUCAGGAUUCACACUAAUAUCUAGCAAUUUAUGCUGAUGUAUCGAUAAGAAGCGAAAAAGGGGUGAAUGAAAUUGAGACUGAUAAGAAAUUGAAUAAGAUCUUUUCUCUAUUUUAACUGCUUUAUUCAAGAGAUAAAUUUUUUUAACAACAUCAAAGGUUAUUAUCAAGCAGAUUGUUAAAUCAAUAGACACAGAAUAUAAAUUUAGAAAAAAAUUUAUUAUAAAAGUUCAAGGGAGAAACCUAAACAAAUGUUCUAUCUUAAUUAUAGAAGAUGGUGAAUGAUAUUUAAUAAUCCUAUAGAUUCGCUACUGAUUAGAUGAUCCAUAAAAAUCAAAAAUUUGAUUUGACAGUAUAUCUCUUAUCUUAAGGCUGUUGGCCGAUUAAUAAUAUCUAAGAAUAAAUUAUUGCUCCUUAAGAGAUGCUAAGUUCUUUAAAUCUCUACGAACAGAUUUACUUAAUAAAAAAUAACGGAAGAAUUUUAUUAUGGACCUACAACUUAGGAUAGGGGGAAUUAAAUUAUAAAAUAUAGAAUGAUAAAUAUUAUAUUACUGCGACAACCUUCUAAAUGAUUACAUUUUUCCUAUUCAAUAAAGAGAAUGAAUUAACAAUUCAACAAAUCUAAGAAAGAACAUAAAUAAAAAUUAUUGAUUUGGAAAACUCCCUUAUCCCCUUCAUUUGUUUAAAAGUUCUAUCAAGACAAAAAGAAGAUCUGGAUGAAUUUUCAGAUAAAAAUGAAGUCAUUAAAUUGAAUCUUAACUAUAAUAAUAAAUAAAAAAAAUUAAGAGUAUUACCAAAUCCUAAAAUGCAACCUAAACGCCAGAGAAAAGUAGGAGAAUUAACUCAGGAGGAAAGAGAAUAUGAAGAAUAACUGAUUAAAUAGAGAGAAUUAGUUGUUGAUUCUUAGCUUGUUAGAACUAUGAAAAGCAAAAAAUCUGUUACACAUUCUGAUUUAAUAGCUCAAUGUGCACAAAUGAUUACAAUAUUCAAGCCAGAUAUUAAGUUCGUAAAAAAAAGAAUUGAAAAUCUUAUUGAUAGAGAGUAUAUCAAAAGGGACGAAAGAGAUUGUAACUUAUAUCAUUAUUUAAAUUGA